CAUUUGCUUCGAACUCUGUUUGAGAUAUGGAAGCACGCGAUCUCAGAAGCAAAGCAUUGUACUUUGUUUUCUUGGAUGGCUAUCACGACAAUGGCAGCGAGCCUUCCAAGGUUCUGUUCUCACUCUACAGUUGGGAAUACUCUAAUAGUGUACGAUAUAUAGUGCUCUUUUUCUUUUCUUUUUUGAAUAAACUGGUUAGGUUCAUACCCGAGGACAUUCCCGGAUUCUGCAAGAGGGUAGCAGAUGAGAGCGAUGAUCAAGGUCUGGUCAUUCUUUAUUUCGCAGAUUGCACAACAGUGACAGCAGAAGCGGUGAUGGGAGCGGAUGGCGUCAAGAGCCAUGUUCGACCACCUAUAUUGGGGCUUGGAAAUCAUGAAAGUCAUGCAUGCUACAUUUACAAGUGCAUCUAUCGCGGUCGCAGAACGAUAGAAAAUGCGAUAGCUGAAUUGGGUGAGGACAUGGCCACGAAUACUGAGAUGCACCUCGGACUAGACGGUCACGUUAUAACUCUCCCUGUUGACGAGGGGAAACUAUGA